CCGCCGGUUCCAGCCGCAGCCCACGCGGUGGCGCUGUAGGGAGACGUCGCCUCUUCUCUGGGCGGGGACCCCUGGCAGUGACCCGGUCUUGGAGGUGGAGGGGACCUUGACAACCGGCCUUGGCCUCUGGUUCUUCGCUUUGGGCCGCGGAAUUCCUUCGGCCUCCCCGAUCGGUGUUUUCCCAAGGAAAAAAAAUACAGCCAGCGCAGCCCGCGCAGCCCCAAGAUGGGGCCGCGUGGCCGCGGCGGUGCCUUUGGCCUCCUCUCAGCCUCCUGCCUUGUUCAUUUCCACCAUGUAUAGUAGAUGUCUACACUUAGAUUACAUUAGAGGGGCAGUCGUUUUCUCGGGGCACGGCUGCGGAAGGACAACUACCUUUUAAGACACUUGGAAAAGAACGUCGGAUCCAGGGAAGCCCUUGGCGUGGAGGGAUACUGCCCUGUGUCGCCAGCCGUGCCCGCUCGCUGCCUUUCCGGGGCUUCCCACCCGGUGACCGCGAACCUGACAUCAAACCUUCGUCCAGGAUUCGCCCAGCUCUGAAACCUGUCUCCUCACGACCCUCCUUCUCCGGAAGCAGUGCCCACACCAGACGCUCAUCUCGGUCACCUAGGACCUCAGAAAGCCAAAGGGCUUCCCUGCCACAGCUCACCGAGUCACCCAGGAGACUCUCCGUCCCCUGGGCUUUGGCCCUGUGGGUUGCCCUGAACUCCAACUCCCAGACACCUUGGCCGCUCGGCUCCCAGGGACUAGUUGCCCACCACCUUUCCCCACUACGUUGCGUCUCCCUCGGCUCAUCUCUGACCAGGCCUCAGUGGCACGUUCCUCUGAGGUCCUUGGGAGAAUCCCACUGCACCGCCCACACCUAGGCCCCUAGAGCGGCUAGGGAAACGGCGAGCCCUUUUUAUAUUUGCCCGGCGCGGGUUGAUCUCUUGGGCUCUGAUGCCAACGAGGAAGCUGAGGAAGCUGGGUGAUAACGAAAAGUAUUGAAGUCCUAAUAUCAUCAAUUCUUCUUAGUUCGUGGUCAUUGGGCCAGAGGUGCAUCCCGCAGUUUCAACACCAAGGUCCCUGCGCGUUUUAUUGCGACCUGCCGGUGGGAACUUUGUCUCCAAAUCGGAGCAGCAUGGAGCGGCGGAGCGAGAGCCCGUGUCUGCGGGACAGCCCCGACCGAAGGAGCGGCAGCCCCGAUGUCAAGGGGCCUCCCCCGGUGAAGGUGGCCCGGCUGGAGCAGAACGGCAGCCCCAUGGGAGCCCGCGGGAGGCCCAACGGCGCGGUGGCCAAGGCCGUGGGAGGUAACAGCCUGGAGCUGGGAGGUUUGAUGAUUCCUGUCUUCUGUGUGGUGGAGCAGUUGGACGGCUCUCUUGAAUAUGACAACAGAGAAGAACACGCCGAGUUCGUCUUGGUGCGAAAAGAUGUGCUUUUUAGCCAGCUGGUGGAGACCGCGCUUCUGGCCCUGGGGUAUUCCCACAGCUCUGCAGCUCAGGCCCAAGGAAUAAUCAAGCUCGGGAGGUGGAACCCUCUCCCCCUUAGUUACGUGACAGACGCCCCUGAUGCGACAGUGGCCGACAUGCUGCAAGAUGUCUAUCAUGUUGUGACGUUGAAGAUCCAGUUACAAAGUUGUUCGAAGUUGGAAGACUUGCCUGCGGAGCAAUGGAACCAUGCCACAGUCCGCAAUGCCUUAAAGGAACUGCUCAAAGAGAUGAACCAGAGCACAUUAGCCAAAGAAUGCCCUCUCUCCCAGAGUAUGAUUUCAUCCAUUGUAAAUAGCACAUACUAUGCCAAUGUGUCAGCAACCAAGUGCCAGGAGUUCGGGAGAUGGUAUAAAAAGUAUAAGAAGAUUAAAGUGGAAAGAGUGGAGCGAGAAAACCUUUCAGACUAUUGUGUUCUGGGCCAGCGUCCAAUGCAUUUACCAAAUAUGAACCAGCUGGCAUCCCUGGGGAAAACCAACGAACAGUCUCCUCAUAGCCAAAUCCACCACAGUACUCCAAUCCGAAACCAAGUGCCCGCAUUACAGCCCAUCAUGAGCCCUGGGCUUCUCUCACCCCAGCUCAGUCCGCAGCUGGUCAGGCAGCAAAUAGCCAUGGCCCACCUGAUAAACCAACAGAUAGCCGUGAGCCGGCUCCUGGCUCACCAGCACCCUCAAGCCAUCAACCAGCAGUUCUUGAACCAUCCACCCAUCCCCAGAGCAGUCAAGCCAGAGCCAACCAACUCCUCUGUGGAAGUCUCUCCUGAUAUCUACCAGCAAGUUAGAGAUGAGCUGAAGAGGGCCAGUGUGUCACAAGCUGUCUUUGCAAGAGUGGCGUUCAACCGCACCCAGGGACUGUUGUCAGAGAUCCUGCGUAAGGAAGAGGACCCCAGGACUGCUUCUCAGUCUCUUCUAGUGAACCUGAGGGCCAUGCAGAACUUCCUCAAUCUGCCUGAAGUGGAGCGUGACCGCAUUUACCAGGAUGAGCGAGAGCGGAGCAUGAAUCCCAAUGUGAGCAUGGUCUCCUCCGCCUCUAGCAGUCCCAGCUCCUCCCGAACCCCACAGGCCAAAACCUCGACACCGACAACAGACCUCCCUAUUAAGGUGGACGGUGCCAACGUCAACAUCACAGCUGCCAUUUAUGACGAGAUCCAACAGGAGAUGAAGAGGGCCAAGGUGUCUCAAGCCCUGUUUGCCAAAGUGGCUGCGAACAAAAGUCAGGGCUGGCUCUGUGAACUGCUUCGCUGGAAGGAAAACCCCAGCCCAGAAAACCGCACCCUUUGGGAGAAUCUCUGCACCAUUCGCCGCUUCCUGAAUCUUCCCCAACACGAGAGGGAUGUGAUCUAUGAGGAAGAAUCGCGACAUCACCAUAGCGAGCGCAUGCAGCAUGUGGUUCAGCUGCCGCCCGAGCCUGUGCAGGUUCUUCAUCGACAGCAGUCCCAGCCGACCAAGGAGAGCUCCCCUCCCAGAGAAGAAGCGCCCCCACCACCUCCUCCAGCCGAAGACAGUUGUGCCAAAAAACCUCGGUCUCGCACAAAGAUCUCCUUAGAAGCCCUGGGCAUCCUUCAAAGCUUCAUCCAUGACGUAGGCCUCUAUCCUGACCAGGAAGCCAUCCACACACUCUCAGCCCAGCUGGAUCUCCCCAAACACACCAUCAUCAAGUUCUUCCAGAACCAGAGGUACCACGUGAAGCAUCAUGGGAAGCUGAAGGAGCACCUGGGCUCCGCAGUGGACGUGGCCGAGUAUAAGGACGAGGAGCUGCUGACCGAGUCGGAGGAGAACGACAGCGAGGAAGGCUCGGAGGAGAUGUACAAGGUGGAGGCCGAGGAGGAGAACGCCGCCGCCGCCGUCGCCGCUACCGAGAAGAGCAAGGCAGCGCCCGCUGAAGCCGACCAGAGAUAAUGUGAACUCCACCAGGCAAAGCAAUACAUGGGUCCAAGGACUUUCUGUUUUCAUUUCCUUAAAAAAAAAAAAAAAAUCUUCUUGGCUUUGUUUUUAAUGUCUGUUUUAUUUUUCUUACCCUUAAUGGCAUUCCUCUGUUGCACAGGAUAGCCUACAGACUGAGUAAGCUCGGUGUUUCUGAGUCAGGCGCCGCCCGGGCAAAGACACUAAGUGUCAGACUUUUACAAUGGACUGGACCGUAGUAAUUCUAGUCACAGGAGACUCUGCCUUCAUUCUCCUUGGACUUAAGGAAGAGACAUCAGGCAAGUUCCACGAUGGAAAGACCCACGACCUAAAUGAAGGAAGCUACGAGUGUGUGUAUAUGUAUAUGUACAUAUCUCUAUAUUUACAUAUAUAUAUUAAAAAUCGCAUGGGACAGAGAACUUUACAAUCUGAGAGAAUAGACUGUGAAAUGGGUUCUUAAAAGACUUGUUUAUGUAUAAAAAAAAAAUACCACUUCACAGUGAGUCGCUUUGGCUUUUUGAGAAACUGCGGCCUGCUCUCAGGGUGGGGUGACUAUUUUUGAAUUCCUAUUUAUUUUGUAUGUUUGUCCCUGGGUUUUUUUUUUUAAUUCUAUGGCUUCCUAUCUGGCAGCUUAAAGGGUAAUUUUUGAGGUAUGUAUUUAAUGAAAUAACACUGCCAAAAAAAAAAAGUGAGAGACAAGAAGGCCAGAAGA